GAGACGUCACUUCCCCCAGAGACAGCUGAUGUAAAAAUCUUCCAUUUCUGUACAAGCGGUCCUGGUUUACAUAUCUGCGGAGGUUUUUCUGAGGUUGUUUUCAUUUUUGUGUAACGGAAGACGGACAGUAUGUUGUCCAGAGGAAGUUUAUCACGGUUAUGGCUGUUCGUACAUGCUACGUUUGUCGUGGUCAGCUGUUUCACUGACAUGGAGCCAGGAUCUGGUGUUGGAGUAUCAUCACAGCCGAACGGAGAUCGUUUCAAAAUCGAGGGAAGAGCGAUAGUUCCCGGCGUAAAAACACACGACUGGGUCUCCUCGGCCAGAGUCCUGGUUGAAGGUGAAGAACACGUUGGGUUUUUGAGAACUGAUGGGAGUUUUGCAGUGAAUGACGUUCCUUCCGGUUCUUAUGUUGUUGAAGUUGUCACCCCGACAUACAGAUUUGAACCCGUACGCGUUGACAUCACUUCAAAAGGGAAAAUGAGGGCCCGUCUUGUGAAUUACAUUAAGACCUCAGAAGUGAUUCGACAGCCCUACCCUCUCCAGAUCAGGUCUGUUGGUCCUCACAGUUACUUUAUGAAGAGAGAAACUUGGGGUUGGACAGACUUCCUCAUGAACCCAAUGGUUAUGAUGAUGGUUUUACCCCUGCUGAUCAUCGUGUUGCUGCCUAAGGUGGUCAACACCAACGACCCAGAGAUGAGGAAGGAAAUGGAGCAGUCCAUGAACAUGCUGAACUCCAACCCUGAGCUCCCAGACGUCUCUGAGCUCAUGACCAAGCUCUUCUCUGGGUCCAAGGGCUCCAGCAAGGCUGGCAGCAGCAGCAAGAGCAGCAGGACAGUCACUAAGCGGAGGUAGUAACGCUGAGAUCACUCUGGGCACUGAUGGAAGAUUUGAAGUGUCAUUUUGUUCCUCCUCAUCUGAGUCUAUUGUACAGAUUUAUCAAUAAAUGUUACGUGCACAUCUUCUAUUUGGAACGGAGCUGAACCUUUUCUUCUGCACUGGUUAAAAAUAGCAAAAGCUGUUAUUCUAUAUCUACUUCCUGCUUGUAAUAACAGUUUAUCGGUCGAAUCCUUCCUAACCCUUUGCUGCGUAUUUUCCCUCUGCUGCUAAAUUCCUCUUAUCUGAAAAGCAAGAGCGUAUAUGCAUAUUAAAAGUUUCUCUCUUAUUUUGUUGGUUUUAGAAAAUCCGACUGUGAAUGACCAUGAAUUAAAAUUUAAGAUUGAUAAAUUCUUAUUUAAAAUUCUAGAUAAGUCAAUUACAAAUGUAUAGAAGUGUUUUUAUUUCAGAUGCGCCUAUUUGUCUGGGAUUGUCAUUUCAUUUAAAGUCAUUGUGAGGUACUGUAUGGCUAUAACCUUCAUACAAUAUGUGCCUGAGAUGUACAAAGUAAAGCGAUUAGCCUAAAA